CUCAGCUGCAGCCAGGAUCUGCCCCCGGCCCCGCUGGGAUCCAGACAGGCUGCAGAAUGUUUUGCUCCAGCUCAUCCCAGCCUGGCGUGGGACAGGGAAGAGAAAUGGCUGCAGUGGAGUCAGUCCAGGGGCUGGUGACCUUCAAGGAGAUGGCUAUGUAUUUCACCAGGGAAGAGUGGGCUCUGCUGGACCCCACUCAGAGAGCCCUCUACUGGGAUGUCAUGCAGGAGAACUAUGAGACUGUGACCUCGCUGGGCCAGAGAAUAACAUCCAUGUUUCGCUGCAGAUCAUCUCGUCCUCCCAGGGGCAAGGAAAUGGCUGCAAUGGAGCUGGCUCAGGGGCCGGUGACCUUCGAGGAGGUGGCUGUGUAUUUCUCCAGGGAAGAGGGGACUCUGCUGGACCCCACUCAGAGAGCCCUCUACAGAGAUGUCAUGCAGGGGAACUAUGAGACGAUGGUCUUGCUGGCCUCAAUAGGUCCCUGUGAUGGAAUGUAAGGCUACAUCUAGACUACCCACCGUAUCGGCGGGUUAAAAUCGAUUGCUCGGGG